UUUAUCCACACCUCCUUAUCUAUCCACCUUAUAAAACUCACAUUCCUCCUAUCUAACCUCUUACAUCAUUCACCAUAAUCCAUGGAUUGGUUCUCAUGGUUAUCAAAAACCACUCUUGACCCUUCCCUCAUCUAUGACUAUGGCCUCAUCUUUGCACGCAACGAGCUUCAAUUACAAGAUGCAACUUAUUUCAACCAUGAGUUUCUUCAAAGCAUGGGAAUCUCAAUCGCCAAACAUAGAUUAGAGAUUCUCAAACUUGUCAAAAAAGACCAACAUCUUGACUCACUACAACAACCUAAGAAUCUCUCAAGUGUCAUCAAAAAGUGUCUCAAAAAAUGCUUGAGCAAGUUUGUUUCUCGCCACGACGACAACGAUGUUAAGAGACACACAAACACGGUUUUACCGACGGUUUUACCGAAUUGUUAUCAAGGGCAAAAGUGGAAAGCAGAGAAUGAGAAGCCAGUUUCAAUGUGUAGAAGUAGAACAAUGCCAUAUUCAGGGCCAUUAGAUGGAAGAAUGCAUGAGAGAAAAUUUGUGAACAAUAAAGCAUUGAAGUUAUCUGGGCCUAUUGAUGGAAGAAUGAUGAAUGAGAGAAUGGUUUAUACCAAUAGAAGCCCAUUGAGAGCUAGGCCCGUUGAUGGAAGAUUUACAGGCACAAUUAAAAGCCCAAGAGUUUCUGGGCCUUUUGAUGCAAAGAUGUUGUUUGAGAUCAAUAGAAGCCCAACAAUUACUAGGGCUUCUCUUGAAACUGAUAGCCCAAUGGGUUAUUGUAGUCCAUAUAAUAAGCCCAAGGAUGAGUUUGAUUUAGAUGAUGAACAUAAACUUUGGCCUACACUGUUUGAUCUUAACCCAACUUGAUUCCUUUUUGUAUUUUUUUUUCUUGUAUGAUUCUAUGGUGAGUGAAGAAAAUACCUUUUUUGUCUUCUUUUUGUUAGUAGUCUAUGAUAGUAAAUUAAUAGCUAGUGUGAAAUUUAGUGUGUUGUUUGAAAAAAAAGUUUUCUUGUAUUCUAGUUACUUUGUUUAUACAUUAUUUUGUGUUGGAUA